AUGCCGUCCAAGAAAAAUGGUAAUUCCAAUGGCUUCUCGGGAUCGAUGAAGUUGAAGCCGAUAAUGGAUAUGAAAGCACAAACUAGAAAACUACCGGAUGGCUCACGAGUAGCGUCGUCAUUGGUUGGUGAUGAACUGAUGCAAUAUAAUUUCGAGGAUGCACGAACAAUAGUAGAGUCGGUGCACCGAGGCAAUCGUGUCUCAUCCAGUGGGCCAAUGCUUGGCUCUAGACAAAAACAACCCGACGGUAGUGAACCGUAUGUGUGGCUAACAUACAAACAAGUCAGCCAUUCAGCUCAAAACUGA